UUCACAACUGUCAUGUGUGUUGUCCUGCUGUCAUCCCUGGGUGUUUCGGCCAGAUUGAGCUGUUGUCAUUUUAAAGAUAUUUUUCCGAUCCUUUUUUUAUUAUUUCGGUGUCCAAAACGAAGUGAAAGUACGGAACCGAUCGCCGGUGGGACUGAGGAGAUCAGGAGGUCGCUCCCGUAUCGUAUCGGAAGCUACGGUGACCCCGGAACCAAACCACCGAAAACACACACGCACCCGACAUACCUGUGCAGCACCGGACCGCUCCUGAACAGUGCGAAAAAUAUCAACGAUCGAAAAGGCAUAACACCGACCGACUCCCGGCCCACCCCCUAAACACACGCACAUACGAUGGCUUCCCGCGGUGGACCGAUGGUCUUGGGUACAGAUGGAACCGAUUUCGAGCACAGACAGCGCGUGGCCGCACACUACCAAAUCAGCGCCCUCAACAAAUCACGGUUAAAGUACUGCAUUUUCUUCCACUACCUCCUGUUCUUCGUGAUGCUGAUCAAACUGUCCGCCGACAUCCUGGACCGGCUCGAUAUCUUCAUACUGGAGAUCGAGGAACUGCAGAUACCGCCCCCACUGUGGUGGGAAUACUUCUGGUGCCUGUCCGUCUUUCUGUCCUUCAUCGGGUUGGGCGCGGCACGUGGCAAUCGGGUGAACGAUAUGAAAAAGUAUAUGGUUGGUAUAAGCACGAUCGCGUUCGUGCCGCUGCUGUACUGUAUCUUCUACUAUUUGAACGAUGUGCUCGAGUAUCUGAACCUGGAGGAAGGUACCGAUUUAGAUGAUACGGAUAUUUUCGUCUGGCAGGUAAUUGGCUAUCCGUACGGAUUGCUGUGGUACGGAUUCGUGCUAAUGGCGUUCCAGGUGCACUUUUUCUCGCUGUUCUUUGCCUGGAACCUGAUCAAAGCCUGGAGAGCGCGCGGAGCACUCAAGAAGGGCCAGUAAAGGAAGCGUACCGACGAUCCCAUACAGCAUCUUGCCCAAAAAACCGUCAUCCUCCGCGUGGUGCGAUCAAACUGAUGAAGUUUAGUUCUUGCACACACCUUCUAACAGACGCACACACAUAAAACAUCCCUUAUGCACCAACGCCACCACCGAAUGCGAUCUUCGAUCUUCGAACCCCGAAACACGUGAAACACCAGGCGCCCGCUUUGCUCAAUCGAAUGCUACACUAGGCGGGAAAACGAAAAGCAGUCAAGGAACUCCGCUCGACAAAGACAAUAUACUUAGUGCGCGAACAUGUAUGUAGCACACCGCUAGUUCGCUCUUGCUGUAAAUGGUAGAGUUUUUCGUUUUCUUUUCUUUUUUUAUUGUUGUUUAUCCCCAUUGAUUGAGCCUCGUUAGCAAUUAACUGAUGAGAGAGGCAAUUUUCUUGUGCAUGGCAUGACACGAUAGCGCUAACAGAAGUAAUCCCAACGGAAUGAUUAAAACGAUCUGGUUGGAAAAACCUGAUUCCCACAACCAUGGUCCUGCCCGAACGUUUUUUGUUUUGUCUUGUUCCUUAUGUACCUAGUUGUCUAAGUAGGAGAAAUGCAGGAAUUAGAUUUCAAUGUAGCUUCCAAAACAGUAGUGGCUGUACGUUGUAAGGCAUCUAACCACAAGAUGGAUGUCCGCCUUUUAUACUCUGUUGUAGAUAAAUCUUCUGAAUGUUUCUAGCGUUAUCUUCACACCGUUAAACACCGUUGAGAUUGAACGCAAUUGUACUGUCAUUUAAAAUUGUCCAACAGUCAUAAACAACAACCAUACGACACGACACGAUUUGUAAUUGUAUAAUGUGUAUUUAGUGGUAACAAAAGUAACAAAACCACCAAUGUCACUCAUAAAUAAAUACGGCGACUUUAAUGUUUCUCUAAGCAAAGGAAAAGGCUGAAUGGUGAAUAGGAAUGGGAAAAACAAGCGCAACGUCUGUCUGUGGACGAUUACUGGGACGGCGGAUUUGGGCCCCGAAAGGAAGCAAUUCUCAGUUGUGUUUUUGAACAUCAUCGAUUGCAUUAGGUUUUGCCAACUGCCUCGUAUCCUGACACGAAUUUGACUGGAUGGAACUAAUGGAUUGGGAUGAGCGGCCACAGUUUUGUUUCGUUUAUUUUGUUUCUUACUACACUGCAUACAACAAAGGGAACGAUUACGACUUCACAGCACGAGAGAACGAAUUUUGUUUCUUUCAAUACAUUUUUUUAUUGCAUUGUUCGAUGGUUUAUGAUAUUAAAAGCGGACGGAAUGGACGAAACAGGAAAUCGAUAAAGCAAAACCGAAAUAGAGAAAAGAGAGAAAUCACGAAGAAGGGGACUGUUAAGAUGAUUUUUUUUUUGUAGCAGAAAAACCCGUGUAAAACGUUAUCGAAACAUAAACUGUUCUUAUGAAGUUUGUAGAGAAAUUGAACUGUGCUUAAGAGUAUAUGGAAUAAAGUGGUUUACUUAAAAAAAA